AUGAGUUUGGCUCACGUCGAUCUCGCACUCUCUCCACAACAGAAGACGUCGCUCGUCAAUCAGAUCACCUCUGCUGAGAGGGAAAUAAAGCAUUGGAUCGAAAACCCAUUCAGUAAAGAUAGCCAUAACUCGAAGGCUGCCCUCGUCAUAGGGAUAAUAGCGACGUAUUCCCUGCUCACUGCGAUACAACUCAACCCGACGCUCUCCCACAACACAUGCGGCCCUUCUCCUCAACCCGAUGGUUGCAUCAAGCUGGCGGGGAACAGCACGGAUUCCAUCGUCAAAUUGUACGAUUGGCCGGUCAUGGUCAAAAAAGCGCUUUCCUCCCUGGGACAAAUGUUGGAGAACCCGAAAGAGCAGGAAAAGGCCAACCAAUUCUUCUCUGCUCUGGAGCAAGGCGACGACGAUCUCGGAUAUCUGUACGGGAUAUUCCAAAAGUCAAAGAACUCGUCGAAAGCAUCAAGGAUAGUGGCCAACUUCGCGCUGGCGGCAGCUGGCCUUCGUGCCGCCUUGGAGGGCAAGGAAAUCCCGGAGAAAUGGGGGCGGGCUGAUAAGCAAACGGGGGCAGAGUAUCUCCAGCAACACCGGGGGGCGAACCCAAGUGUGGGACCGCAAGCGUUGCUACUUCCCCUCCACCAGGCAUUGGCGGUCUCACCCUUGCUGCUUCUGCAAACAAGGGACGCCAUGGGGAAGCAUGUGGCAAGGCAUUGGCAUCUCUUAAUGUGGAAGCACCUAGGCUGCCAACGACCUCCUUUGCUGGGCUUGAUCGAGAAUAUCAUUUGGACGACCCUGUGUCAAGUUGCUGUGAGGCCGAAGGAAAUACCUCAGGCCAUGGCAUCCCUAUACGAACGUCUCAAAGAAAUGACACGGUACGACAAGGAGAACAACGCGUUUGAGUUGGAAGUUGAGCCAGAGUGCCAUGAAUUCUACAAGUCGCUGGAGCCUCUCUUUUACGUGCCAACAUCUGUCGACGACGGCCCGGCAUUGGCCCAACCAGCCCUAGCUCCCGGAACCCCCCCAACCCCGCCGUCUAAUACCUCCUACCAUCCUCCAGCUGCUGGACCUUCGGGGUUGAAUGCCCCGAGGGAAAACUCACCCCCGCCUGAUGGCCCUCUUAGCAAUGCUGGCAAAGGGGAUGACGCCGAGGACGAGGACGACAACGACAACGACAACGACAACGACAACGACAACGACAAAGACGACAACGACGAUGAAAGGGACGAUGAUGUGGAUAGGACAGAGAAUGCCGACAUCAACCUGGAUGCUGGCAAAGUGGGCGGUGGCCAAGAGCCCAUUGGAAGCAGCAAACGCAGACGCGGAGACGACGACGCCGAGGACGACGCCGAGGACAACAACGACGACGACGACGACGACGACGACGACCCAAAAGCUGGGCCAUCAAUGCGCAAGAGGCUAAGACCCACCGUGCCCUCCGACGACAGCGACGAUUACCUUACGCACAAGCUCAAGAGGCUACACAAGCACCCAUCUACUCCGUCCCCUGGCGAUGAGAACGACAACCAAACCCCUUCCGCCACCAAGCCCCCCGCCUCCAAGCCAUCGCCUGCAAAAAAGGGCCCACGCAAACCGCCCAGCAAGCCAUCCUCCUCCAAAACAAGGCGACAGACGUCCACAACCCUAAGCCGAUCGCAAGGUGCUGAAGGAGGAAAGAGAGGCGGCAUUCCCCCCAACCAUACUAGGGGUCCCAGAAAAUGGCUAGCUCGUCUUGUAGGUACAUCUGCUGAGGAGCGCUACGCUGCUCCCCCAACUGUCCUCUUUGAUAUCCGCGGCGAAGCCGUCGAACUUCUCCCAUCCUUUCAUCACGAGUACGCCAGGGAGUCUUUCCUCGCGUUGAUCAGAGGCAUUCGACGGACGUGUGGAGAUCGUCCCCCCGAUUAUACCUCGGGCGACGGGAAUGGCACCGCAAUCAAGUCUGUGCCUUACGAUGUCUAUAAGCAAUGGUCCCCCAGCCAAGUGGGGGAGCUGUUGAAUACGAAGGCCAUCUUGGUGACGGGCGUGCCUGUAGAAGCUCCGGAGAGUUUCGAGGGCGCAUUAAGGGGUCUAAACAGAUUCCUUGACGCAUCCAUAAUAUGCAACGAUCAAUCAAUAGAUUUGGGUCCCACAGGCAAUGAACGCCUUAGAAGGGCCACCCUGGAAGAGAUCAUCACAAUCUCCAAGUCGCCCGAACGCAAGGCAAUCAACUUCCUCGACUUCCCUGGUCCUCUGCCAGCAGGAACGCCGCUGGUCUCCGACGACACCUUGGAUCGCGUUUGUUAUUCAGCAACAUGGUCCCACCACAUGCCUCGGAAAGCGGCAGACAUGUCGGCGCUGACAUGGACCAUUGCUGCCACUCCGUCAACUUGGCACCACGUACAUGUUGACUCGAACGGUUUCGGAACGGUAGUAGUUGCUACUUACGGUAGGAAGCUUUGGGCGUUGAUCCGACGAAAGGACGACCCUUAUUCGUCAAGGCCUAUUGACUGGGCAGAAGAUGUCAUUGGCUACAAUGACGCUGUUUUGGACUCGGAAGACUACGAAGUGUCUUACGUGAUUUUGGAACCGGGAACGGCGCUGUAA